GCACACGCUGCUCACCCAUUCUGUUCAGCGAGGGCUAUCACAUAAAACACAGACACUCAGAGGAGAAGACCAGAGACGGAGAGUGGCUGAAUCCCCCCCAAGCUUCCAGCACUUUUUGAGAUAAUGGAUGCCUCCCGACUUCUCAUCCUCAUCUUUGUGGUGAUGUCAACAUUUGAAUGUUCAGGGUCAGAUACAGCAAAGCUCCAGUGUGAGGACAAUAAUGAGACCAUAUACCUGGUUGAAGGAGAAGCAUUAUAUUUUGUCCAUGACGCUCCGGCUAGGAGAAUCUUAUCAAGCCAAGUGUUAAAAUGGUACAAAAACAACUCCAGGAUUGAAUAUAUCUCGUAUGACGAGAAAGAGAGGAUACAUCUCCAUGGUGGAGUGAUAUUCUUCUUAAAUGUUGUCCCCGGGGACUCUGGCCUCUACACUGCCCGGCAUGAACGCCGAAACAGAAAGUGCAACAACUACAAUGUAGAAGUUAAGGUCUUUGAAGCGAGUGAACGAGAGAACCACAAACUCCUGUACGGAAAAAUCGAGAACUCCAACCAGAACAAGAAUCUCAAAUGUCCAGGUCCUGCCAGAGAAACAUGUAUCAAGUUUGGAGGAAACUUCACCUGGUACAAGGACUACAGUCUGCUUCAAGGUCACCAUAAAGACAACAUGUGGGUUCUAAAUUCCAGCAAACAAGAUGAGGGCGUCUAUACUUGCAUUUGUACUUGGAGGCACAAUGACAGGCUGUACAACACGUCAGGCUCACGGUGGCUAAAUGUGUUAGAUCCAGAGUCUUACCCUCAUGUAGAAAUCCUCUCUCCUUUAAACAAGGAGCAGUUUGCAGAUGAAAGCUUGGUGCUCAAGUUGAACUGCACAGUUGAAUGUGGAAGGAAUGUCAAAGAUGAUUGUACAGCUCGCUGGUAUGUUAAUGGAGACCAAGUCAACCAGAUGGCCGGAUACAAUCAAACCAUCAAACAAAUCAUGGCGAUGCCUUCAAAGACCACCAUCACCACUGCGAUCCUGACCAUUAAAAAAGUGUCAGCAAAGGAUUUUCGGGCUGAAUUCAACUGCAGCGGCAUAGGUUCUUACACAGCCAAAUCAGCCACUUUAACGCUGAAGCGGAGAGCGUCAAUCACUUCGUUGGUCAUUAGAGCCGUGUGUGGGCUGCUCGUGUGUGUGUUUGCUGCUGUGCUGGUGAAGUGCUUUGCUGUCGACCUCGCACUCUUGUUCAGACCCUGCUUCCACCUGAGGAGUCACGAGAAAGAUGCGAGGAUGUACGAUGCUUACGUGGUCUACCAGAUGCAGAAGAUGGACAAGGUCACAGAGUACACACUCUGUCAGUUCAUCACACAGGUCCUACCCUCCGUCCUGGAGGAAAAGUGUGGAUAUCGACUCUUCAUCCAAGGGAGGGAUGACAUACCUGGAGAAGACCGCAUGGAGCUGGUGGAGAGCAACAUGAAGCAGAGCAGGAGGCUGAUGGUGAUCCUAACCCCAGGUUCAGGAUCAGGCUCUGAAAUGACUGAUCAACAUCCCGACUCGCUCCGUGAUUCAGUGAUAGGAGGGUUUGACUGGCAGGUUGGGCUCCACCAUGCUCUGGUGCAGAGGGAGAUGAGUGUGAUUCUGAUCCAGCUGGGAGACACUGGGCCACAGGGAUACACACACCUCCCCAUUGGCCUGCAGCAUUUGAUUCGAAAAAGCGCCCCCAUCAGGUGGCCAGAUGUUUCGCGGAAUGCUGCUGCGCGUAACUCACGCUUCUGGAAGAGAGUUCGAUACCUGAUGCCGGCCACACCUGCUAAGAGGUGUCCACAGUCUGCUUUCAUUUGAGAUAAAGAAGAGUUGUCUGGUGUUUUUACAGGAUCUCACUGCUCACUUUUUAUUUUAGGAGACUCAUCUAUGUGCUGCUGUUUGUGUUUAUUGUGCUUUUUCUGGGGAAUUUUGCAAUAUUCUCUGCUCUCUCCUAAUGACUUGAAGUUGCCCAGGUACUCUGAGUCCUUCUAUGUUUUGUUGUGAACUUUUAUCGUAAAAAGUUAUGAAUGUCCUAGGGGCAGCAUCUGACAGAGGCUACAUAUCCCAUUCCUUAUUGUUCAAGUAUUAAACCAAUAUGGUGUGUUUAAAUACAGAGUAUGUAGUUCUGUACAAUUUUAUUAUUCUAAAGAAAAAGGGUGAGAAGUUUUAAGAAAAUACUUUUAUAUGUUUUGAAUACAACAAAUUAUUUUAUUUCAUAGUCAAGAAAUUGUUUCUUGUGCUUUGUCCUUUUUGUCUUGCUAACAUGACCAUUUGUUUUGGUUAGAUAAAUAUAAUAUUAAUAUAGAGUAUUUUUUUUAAAUGAAAAUAUAUAUCUUUUACAGGGUUUUCUUCUACUAUUGGAUUGACCUUUUGACCUUAUAGUAAAUAUUUGUUGAUUUUUUACUUUUGUUGCAGUUAUUUACCUGAGCAUUUAAUUCCUUAAAAUAUGUCAUGUAUUAGAGAUAUUGUGCGCUGGAUAAAAAAAUACAGAAGCGCACAUUCAUUUUUAUAUUCAGAUAUUAUA